AUGCAGAUAGUCUGGGUAAGCAGGUCGAGAGAGCGGACGCCGCUACCCUUCUUUAUUCAGCUCUGCUCAGAGACAUUGUACCUAUAUAUACCGCGCCCCUCGCUCCCAUUCUCCCAUCCCCGAACACUUGAACAACAACAGUCUACCAUGUCUUCCAACAACGCUCCCACCAUCGCCAUCACUGGCAUCAACGGCUUCAUUGCUACCGAAGUCGCCCUCAUCUUUAUCUCGAACGGCUGGCACGUCCGCGGCUCCGUCCGUACCCACGCCCAAGUCGAAACCCUCAAAGCUCACCCCGCCUACGCAAAGUACUUUGCCAGUGGCGUGCUUCGAGCGGUGGUGGUGGAGGACUUGACCAAGAGUGAUUUGAGCGAACUGUUCGACGGCGUUCAGGCCGUAGCUAGUCUGGCUGCACCUCUUCCUAGCCGAGACCCAAGUGUUACCUGGAAGGACUUCAAGAUUCAGUCGAUUGAGCCGGCUUUGAGAAUCCUGAAGCAUGCUCAGAAAGCGAACACUAUCAAAAGUGUCAUCAUCACGUCGUCUAACGCAUCUGCCCUCGACAUUAUUGGUGGUGCCCCCGGCAAAGUCUACACCGAGGACGACUGGAACCCUCUCACGGAAGAGUACUGCCAAAGCCUCGACCUCGCUACCAACCCUAUGACGCCUGCUAUCUGGUAUUUUGCCGCCAAGAAGCUCACCGAGCAGGCUGUUUUGGAGUUCCAAGACACCGAGAAGCCUCCCUUCUCAAUUACGAUCCUUUGCCCUUCCAUGGUCUGUGGCCCUGCAAACUACAUUGACACUACCCAAGCUUUCAAAGACCGUCGAGGCGUACCGUCGAACCAGAUCCUCAACAUCUUCGUGGGGAAAGACCAGCCUUUGCCGAUGAAGCUUGCGUGUGCCUUUGUCGAUGUGAGGGAUGUAGCUGCGGCGUUCUAUGCUGCUGCUACCAAGCAGGUAUCCGGAAGGUUCAUGCUCUCUGGCCAUGAGUUUGUCGACAAGCUUCGUGCCCUCCGCCCCGACCUCGACGCGUACUUUCCUCUCGGAGAGCCCGGCAAGGACGUACCCGGCGAUUGGGCUGUUGACGCCAGCAAGUCCAAGAAGGAAUUCGGCCUUCAGUACCGCUCUACCGAGGAUACUUUGAAGGAUACUGUCAAUUACCUCGAGAGUAUUGGGCUAUUCAAGGAGGCGCCAGCUGGCUUGAAGACGGCUUAA